GAGAGGUAGUCAACGCCUUACCGCACGCUAUCGGAAAACCCGACGGCAUAUCCUGAGAUUUUCCUGGGCUGAAGCCGCUGGCAGGUAGGAUCUGCGACGAAGUCUUAAAACACGACGAAUCCAGAUCUCUGGCGGAUUCGGUUCGAUCUCUUCUUUACAACAUUACACGAGGCAGAAAUUGAUAUUGACUCAUAUUCCACGGACAAGUCGGAAAUGACCUUCAGUCCAGAGGGAGUGAGCCACUCCAGAGACGCAACAGCAACCAACUCUCCCACAUCCAGUACAAUGGAUUCAGCCGUCGACAAAGACGUCGAGAAGGAUGCAGUCAAUCUCAAUCAAGCCGAUGAGCAUGACAGUGCAUCUGACCAUGCCCUAUCUGGAAACGCAGAAAAGCCAACAGACCUCGGCGACAACGAGGUUCCAAUAUCUACGGCAGUCAACCCAAUGGAUCCCUCUCAGUUUCCAGACGGAGGAGCGAAAGCCUGGACAGUGGUACUCGGGGCCUUUUGUUGUCUGUUCGUCAGUUUCGGCUGGAUCAACUGCAUCGGCGUGUUCCAAGACUACUACGAAACUCACCAGCUGAAAGAAUAUUCCUCUCAAGAAGUCGCCUGGAUUCCCAGUCUGGAAUCAUUCAUGAUGUUCGUCGGCGGUCUCUGGGUUGGAAGAAUUUAUGACAACUACGGCCCACGAUACCUAAUGCUGGCCGGCACAUUCCUCCACGUCUUCGGACUCAUGAUGGCAUCCAUCUCCAAAACAUACUACCAAUUCCUCCUCUCCCAGGGCUUCUGUUCCGCCCUCGGUGCCUCUAUGAUCUUCUAUCCAUCCAUGUCUGCCGUGACGACUUGGUUCUUCAAGAAACGUGCCCUAGCUCUGGGCAUCACCGCGGCAGGAUCGUCCAUCGGCGGCGUCAUAUUCCCUAUCCUGGUCGAGCGCAUGAUUCCCAAGGUCGGCUUCGGAUGGACCAUGCGCACUUGUGCCUUUUUGAUCUUGGGCCUGAUGAUCGUCGCCAACUUGACGAUUGCAAGUCGUAUCCCGCCGAGACGCACACCCGUCCGACCCAAAGACUUUGUCAAGCCGUUUGGAGAGAGCCGCUUCUCGAUAUUGGCAUUGGGCACCUUCUUUACGUGGCUUGGCCUCUUCAUCCCUUUCACAUUCAUCAUUCUGGCAGGCGAGGCCCACGGAGUCCCCAGCUCACUGGCCCAAUACCUCGUCCCCAUCCUCAAUGCUUCCAGUACAUUCGGCAGGACCAUUCCACCCUACCUCGCCGACAAAAUCGGUCGGUUCAACGUGCUCUUGGCGUGUUCCGCCCUGUCCGGCAUCAUCACACUCGCUCUCUGGGUCCCCGGAACCGGCAGCGCGGCAAGUGUGGUGUUCGCCAUAAUUUUCGGAUUCAGUUCCGGCGGCGUCGCGAGUAUCCUGCCCGCUUGCAUUGCGCAGAUCUCGCCCAUCCACGAAAUUGGGGUCAGGACCGGUGCUUGCUUCAGCGUCGCCGCCUUAGCGACCUUGAUUGGAAGUCCGAUUGGUGGUCAGAUCAUAGUGAACAGUGGCUAUCGCAGUAUGCAGGCUUUUGGCGGUGCGUUGCAGGCUGGAGGAGCUAUUGUGUAUUUGGUGCUGUGGCUCAGAUUGGGUGGGAUGAAGUGGCAGAAAGUAUAGAUGCCUCUUGAAAGACCUUGCGAGCACUUUUGGGUCGUUGGGAGCCCACUUUGACAAUGAGCAUAGCGCACGGUUUGCUGGGUUGCAUGGGUAUGGUACAGCGUGAUUUUGGACAGGGUAAAAGGACUAUAAGCAGGGACUCGCGACUCGAGAAUGAGCAUAGCAUGGCUUUGGACACGUGUAUAUGUAUAUUCAAGGCGAAUAGUUGACGACUGUCUCUGUCGCUCGGUGUGGUCCGGUUUGGGACAUCUCCAUAGCAGAGAGCUGC